AUGCUGUUGGGAAACUGGCCUGAAGGUCACAUGAUCACCUCUGAGCUGUUGGAUAACAGUGAUGAAGUACAGCUAAUUGGUUUGCUUGACAUAUUACAAAGGCUGGAGAGUAAAGAACGUUUUGAACAGGUGGCUAAUGCAUGUACUCAAGUCGUAAGUUCAGUGGUACGACAUGGAGACCCUGAACUGGUUCACCCGCUCUCUCUUGCUGCUGCUCACUGUAUGGGUGAAGUAACGCUAUCAACAGAGACCAGAGAGUCCGCUCACAAAUACCCAAACGAUACUGUCGACAAGGGGAAAGUGCAUAUUCCUGGAGCGGCAACACUGUUUGUUAAAUUUGAUCCCAGAUGUGCAACUGAAGAAGGAUGCGACGAACUUCAAAUUGCGUCUUCACCAGAUUACGAUCAAAACAAACACGUGUUCUCUGGUCCAACUGGCCGAUGGAUUGAUGUGGAAAUACCAGGUGACACUUUGUACUACUUCUUCAAAUCAGACAGCAGUACAAACGAUUGGGGCUGGAAAUUUGUAGUCACUGGAGGUCAACUUGGCAGAUUCAAGACUGGUUUUACAGUACUGAAUGCCAUGCUUUCCUUGGAUAACAAAGUCGCCAGGUCCUUGCCUCUUAAGAAGUUAUGGGUCUGGCUGGUAUCAGUAGCCUGCUGUCAAACUGGUCAGCAGCGGCUCAUGGCAACCGGCUUGUUGCUAAGACUUCUGCUAGUCGUAUCAGGGCAAGCUGUGGAUAGAGAUGGGUCGCGUUCAUCUCCAAUGGAGACCAGUGACAGACCAGAUCUCAGUCUGUUGAAGCCUCUUUGGUCACUUUACACCAGGAUGCUUGAAAAGGAAGGAGGCUCUGGUUCAGCUCCUACGUUAGUUCCUCCUGUCCUCAGAGGCCUUACGGAACUCUUCUUAGUUGUGGAAAACCUUGCACAGGACUGGGGCAUGGCAGAAGACCUUGUUGUUGGUUUUACGACAACCGAGAGCUUAAAGCGAUGUUUCUCGCAGGCUGUUCACAAGGUUGGUCUUAUCGGUCUUGCUAUUGGACAGCCAAACAAGGCCUCAGAGGCUCUUAUCAAAGCCGCCUCCACGCCCAAGCCCCAACAGGACGAGUCGAAAAAGGAGAAGUCCAAAGCAGCCACGUCUGAACGCACCACAGGCAUCCAGUUCGUGAGCCAUUUUCCCAUCUCGAUUGGUUUGAAUGACGAAAACGAGGAUGACACCACAGGAGAUGGGUCUAGUGACGACUCCAGUGACAGCAACUCAUCCGAUACCUGGAGCUAG